AUGCCACGUCAGACGCAGCACCGUCAAACCUCCUCCCUCGAUAUCCCUCCCACCAGAAACUCCUUAACUCCGCCGCUCCCCGCUUCCACCCCGCCCCCCCUUUCCCGUCCCCCGGCGACGCGCUCCCCCGCCCCGUUCUCGCCGGGAGCGGGAUUUCCACACUCCCCCGGCGCGCAGUCUCCGCCUCCCCUAGCAAUAGCAGUAGUUCCCGCGCACCCGUUCAAGCGCCGCGCGGUGGAGGGGCCUUUGCCGCCCCCUUCCCCGCUCCUGCGGCUCAACGAGAGCCAUCACUCUCCGCUUUCUUCGCCGUCUUCCGCGGUCUUUGGCAUCCGCGCUGCGCCUCUUAGCCCUUGCGCAUGGAAAGCGGGGGAAGGGGGAGGAGAGAGUGGGAGGGGUGGGGGAAGUCGGGGGAGCGGGGGAGGUGCGGGAGCGCAAUCCAGAGCGCACGAUGGUUCCGCGAGCGUAAUCGCAGGGUCUCCCGCAUCUCCCGCACCGGACUCCAGUGUAGUUUGGCCGGCGAAUGCGCCACGUGGCGGCCAGAUCCGCGGACCUCCUGCGCCGUCAGGCGCAAGAAAGGCAGAACCUUUGAGUCCUUAUCCAGACGCGCGGGAGCAGGGGGUGCCGCUUCCGCGCGCGCAAGAGCAAGAACGGCGGGUGGGCGGAAAGGCCUUAGCUUCCCCGCAACCCCGCGAUGGCCCCGUCAGCACAGUGACGCUUGAGUGGACUCAGAAGCCGCCUUCCCCGCGAUCCCGCGAUGUUCCCCCCCGCGCCGCGACUCUCUCCAGCGCGCUUCUCGCGCGCAUCGACGCGAUAUUCCUGAGCAAACGGAGCAAGGAGCGCGCGGAAGCCAAGGCGCAGGCGCAGGCGCAGGCGCGGCUGCGAGCAGCGGCGGGCGGCGGGUCGAAGCGGCGCGGGCAGGCUGACUCCGCCGCCGCCGCCGCAGCUGCAGCAGCAGCAGCAGCAGCGGGGAAACAGGAAGCUCCCGUCACAGCGGAAACGGGAGUGGGAAAAAGCGCGGGUGUGUGGGGGAAGGUGGGUACAAAGGCGCGGCGGUCACUGUCUCUGGAUGGCACGGGGGCAAGCCGCGGGGAAAGGGUAUUUGCGGCGCUGGGGGAAGGAGGAAACGUGAAGGCGGAACCUGAGGUCUGGGAGGUUGGUGGGGGAGGCUCGAUUGGCGGGAGUGGGGGAAGCGGAGUAAGUGCGGGAAGUGGGGGAAGCAGGGGGAGCGGGGGAAGCGGGGGGAUGAGUGGUACCAUUUCUGGUGGUAGCAGCGGUCUUGAUGGUGAGCUGAGAACGUGCACAGCUCUGCACUCUCCUGCAACCACAGCUAACGCCUUUGCUGCUGCCUCACCAGCUGCUACCCCAACAGCAACAACAACAGCGGCGGCAGCAGCAACAGCAGCGACAGCAGUGAGAGAAGCACAAGAAACGGCGGACGCACAGCCGAUAAGGCAGGCAGCGGGCAACAGAGGAAUUGAGAGUGGUUUUAGAACCGUGGCUAGCUUUGCCCCUGCGACCGACAACAGCCAUAUCAGCGGCAGCAGCAGCAGUGCAACAGUCCCGGCCGCACUGCAGCAGCAGCAGCAGCAACCCGCGUGGAUGAUGGUAGCAGGUACGCUUACUCGCGCUGUUGUUGUUGUCCCCAUGCCCGCCACCGCUGCCAUGCCUGCUCCCAUGGCUGCUCCCACGCCUCUUCCCACGGCUCCUCCUUCGCUCACUCUCACGCAGACCCCUACUGUACUCACAUCGCCGCUUGCACUGCCACCAGCAGCCACCACAGGCACAGCCGGUGCAGCAGGGCCAGCAGCAUCGUUCUCACCCUUCAAACAACCCGUGCAGCAGCAGCAGCAGCCCGGCCUUGAGCCCUCUUCAAGAACCCAUCCACCGGAACCCUCUUCUCCUCUGCCUCCUCCUCCUCCUCCUCCUACUGCUACUGCUCCUCCUACUGCUCUCGCCACCCCUCCCCCUUCUGCCCCCCCUGCCACUCCCCCUUACGUUCCCCUUCCCUCUCCCCUUUCUCUUACCCCAGCUGCUUCCCCUGCUGCCCCGCCCGCUACCCCCCCUGCUCCAUCCACGCGCCAUCCACCCCCUCACCGCUCCGUUCCCGCCCACCACCCUCAUCCCCCGCACCAUCCCCACCACCAUAACCACCCCCGCGUGCAGCGGCGGUACCGGGGGGUGCGGCAGCGGCGGUGGGGGCGGUGGGUGACAGAAAUCCGUGAGCCCACCACGCGUACGCGCAUCUGGCUCGGCUCCUAUGAUAACGCCGAGGAAGCCUCCCGUGUGUACGACAUGGCCGCUCGGCUGCUCAAGGGCCGGGCGGCACGGCUUAACUUUCCCCACAGCGUGCAGCCAGUGGCGGUCCCCCGGGGGAUUGCGGAUGCUCUCAUGAGGGCUAGCCGGGCGGCAGCGGAGGCUGGCGGGGGGGAGGGUGGUGCGGGUGGUGUUGACGAUGGGGAGGGCGGUGCGGGUGGCGGUAUGGAUGAUUUGCAGGGUGGUCGGGAUAGUGUGGACGAUGGGCAUGGUAGGGAUGGGGAUGGGGAUAGUGGUGGUGAUGGGGAUGGUGAUGGGGAUUGGGGCAUCAGUGGUGGGUGCAGUGGUGGUGUGAUGGGGAUGGUGAUGGGGAUGGACGUGGUUGGUGCAGAGGCAGUGGGGGAGGGUGAGGCACAGGAGGUGAAGGCGUGGAGUGGUGAGCAGAUGGAGUGUGGUUCGGAGCAGGUGCAGCAGCAGCAGAGCAUGGUGCUUCAGCAUGCCGGGCAACCACCAGCCGGCCUACAGGAGCAUCACUAUUAUCAUCAACAGCAGCAACAGCAGCAGCAGCAGCAGCAGCAGCAGCAGCAGCAGCAGCAGCAGGCGAGCAGUUUGGCACCUGAGAAUCCACCUGGCAGCCAGGCGCCAUCAUGGGAGGAGACCCUGAGAGACCUGGGCCUGGACGCACCCCUUCCCCCUGUCGCCCCUCCCCCUCCCCUUUGCCCCGCUCCCACUCCAAUUGCCCAGCCUCUCUCUGCUGCUCCCACCGCUCUCCACCGCUCUUCACCACCAGCAGCAACACCGCCACCAUGUGUAACCCCAUCUCGCCCCUCCAGUACGCCUCCUCUUCCGCUCCUGCGCAUGCCCCUGUCGCUGCUCGCCUCCCCACGUGCGUGCACCCAUGUCCCUCCAUAUCGAUCAGCAGGCAGCCCCCUGCUCCACCUCCCGCCCUCGUUCCCUGCUGCUGCCUCCACCUCCGUGCCUGCUGCAACUACUGUAGCUGGUGCCACACCUGCUACAACAUCCGCACCUGCCACUACAGAACCCCCACCUGCUACAGCACCCUUACCAGAUACUACACCCAUCUCUCAAUCCUUCUCCCUGCUUCCUUGCUCCAGCCCCAACGAACGGACGGAUCAAAUGGACCAGAACAGCCAGAUGGAGCGGACGGACCAGAUCGAGCGAGCGGGCCAGAUGGGGCAGACAGACCAGAUUGAACGGACGGACCAGAUGGAGCGGAUGGGGCCCCCCUUAGAGCCUUAUACAUUGGAGCUUCCCCAGGUGCACUCCCACACCUCCACCGCCACCACUGUCACCAGCGCUACUGGUGGUAACACGGUUACCACAACUGGCACCACCAGCGGCACUGCCACCACCACGGCUUCUGAUUGGUCGGCGAACGUUCUUGUUGACUCCAACGAUUCCUCCAUGCAGAUUUUCGGGCAGACAACGAAUGUUUUCUGCCCGAAUCAACAGUCGCCUACUGAAGUUUCUUGGAAUUCUCCAACCGAACCAUCUGUCCGAACCUCACUCCACCGAGCCUCUCUCUCUCGUCCGGCAACCGUCCCAGACAAUCGUCCAGCCGUUUGCGCUGCCGAACCUCCGCCUCUUGUCCUCCCACCCUCGCUAGAUGCCCUGUCAUUGGCCAGCCUCAGUGCCGAACCUCUGUUGCUUCCAUCCCUUCCGGAGAGGUUCGGGGGAGGUUUGGAGGAUGAGGGGGUGGCUGGGGAUGAGGGCUGGUUCUUGUGGCCUGACCUACCUCAGCAUUCAGUCAUGGCGUUGCCGAGGCUGAGAAUCGAACCGGGGGCGUUAGCAUUCAGCUUCGAGGCGGGGAAGGAGCUGCGCACGCGCGUGAGGAUCCACAACGAUUACUCCAAGGACGUCGUUAUCACGAUAAAGCCGGGCACGGUGCGCAAGUACGAGGUGAAGGACGGCACCAAGAUCGUCGUGCCUGAAGGCUCCUCCUUCCUCCUCACUGGUAACCACAUGCUCACUGGUAACCACAUGCUCACUGGUAACCACAUGCUCACUGGUAACCACAUGCUCACUGUGUCGUGCCUGCCGCUGUCGUCCAUGCCCUUCUGGCCCGACGCCUUCGUGCUGGCAUGCCACAUGCCCGCUGACAAGUUCACCCGCCGCCUCACGCUGCACACGCCCAUGUCACAAUUGCGCGCUGUGUGCCAGAUGAAGCUGCCAGUGCUUUUCACAGACGAGGUCACCAAGGGGGUGGCGGAGGCGAGGAGCAGUGUUUCCCUCUCACUCACUCUUCCGUUUUGUUUCCUUUCCUCGCCCUCUCACCCACCCACAGCCCAUGUCACAACUGCGCGCUGUGUGCCAGAUGAAGCUGCCAGUGCUGUUCACAGACGAAGUCACCAAGAGAGUGGCAGAGGAGCAGUGUAUCCCUUACACUCCCUCUUCCGUUUUUUCCCUUUCCUCUCCCUCUCGCCUCGUCCCCAGCCCAUGUCGCAACUGCGCGCUGUGUGCCAGAUGAAGCUGCCAGUGCUCUUCACAGAUGAAGUCACCAAGGGGGUGGCAGAGGAGCAGCAUGCGCAGGCGCUGGCACAGGCCCAGAAGCACAAGGAGAAGGGGAAGGCGAAGGAAAAGCAGGCGCAAGCGCUGAAAACCGUGAAGGAAGGGGAGGAGGGCGGGCAGGGAGGAGCGGAAGGGACAAGAUCGCAGGGGGGGAAAGGCGGGAAGGGAGGGAAGGUGAAAUUUGCAGGAGAGGCAACUGUGAAAGAUGGGCUUUCACGUGUGUGGAAAGGCGGCAAGACAAAGAAGGAUUUGGAAGAAGAGCAGGAGGAGGCGAGGAGGAAGGAGGAGGAGAGGAGGAGGGAGGAGGAGAGGAGGAGGCGGGAGGAGGAGGAGAGGCGGCUGAUGGAGAGGGCGGAGAGGAGGGAAGAGAUGAGUGGGCAGUCAAUGGACCGGCUUCUCACCUCCAUUGCUGCCAAGGACAAGAGCCACGUCUAUCUGUGGGAGCUCUUUCUCAAGACGUCCCGCGCGGAUUUCAAGCUGCUGCAGCAGCGCCUGGAGGCAGCACUGCUGGAGGUGCAGGCCGUCAAGUCGCAACUGGUCAUGGAUCUGCCAGCUCUCACCGUCUCCUUCUCAAGCCUCUCCGACUCCUCGCUCCCCUCGCCCACCAAAGCCUCCUCCGCACCCUCCCGAGACACCAGCUUCGCACCACCGCACUCCACCGCUCCCUACUCCCGCUCCUUUUCCAACAACCAGCUGAACCCCUCCGGCAGCAGCAGCAGCUCAGAACACGCCAACAUGCGCCCGCCCUUCACCCCGAAACCCACCACGUCCGAAUCCGCACUGCUCCCAGUGUCCAUCUCCUCGCUCUCCUCCGCCCAGCUGUCCUCUCUGACCUCUCUGGCGUCCUCCUCCAGCAGUCUGCAGCUGGGCGGGUCAGGGGGGUCGCGGACCCUGAGCAAGUGGGGCGCGGGGGGGGAGAGUGCGGUUGAGAAGGAGCUGCAGCGCAAGGAGAUGAUGCGGAGGGCGUUGAUAGAGGAGAACAACGAGCUCAAGGAUAGGCUGGAGGAGAAGGAGAAGCGGGAGAGGCAGGCGCUGCGCAAGGCGGAUGUCAUGAAACAGGAUGCGGACAUGACGAGGAGCCAGCUGCAGGCGAUGCAGCAGCGGCUGGAGGAGGAGGAGGCGCAGCGGCAGACGCUGCUGAGGGAGCUGCAGGCGCUCAGAGCCCAGGUGGUGAGCGGAGGACAGCAGCUGCAGCAGGCGCAGGCACAGCAGCCGCAGCAGGUGCAGCAGCCACAACAGGGGGUUGCGGAGGAGGAAAAGGAGGAGAAGCAGCAGCAGCAGCAGCAGCAAUGGGAGACUGAGGAGCAAGCAGGGGAGUCGCAGGAGGAGACAGACCAUGAGCAUGCGCAUGCGCAUGCAGACAAGCAAGGCGAGGAGGGGUUGCAGACUAGUGAUCAGUGUACUGCUGCUACUGCAUCCCUGGGGGCGUCAGCCAGCAGGGGGCGUGGGAAGCUGGUCAUUCCCUUUGACGACGACGACGAUGACGAUGCCUAA